CAAAAACACUGUGCCGGUGCACCCACAUAGCAAUGAUUGAAAUGCCACAAGCUCCCAUUUUGGGGGGUUAUAAGGUCGGAAUUUACCGGAGAAAGCGCGGCGACUCGACCCAAUCCCCUGCCCCAAUCACCUUCACUCAAUCCUACUCCCCACCAGUUCCACCAUAGCACCACAACAUUCUUCUUCUACGCCGGCGACGAUGUGUUCGGAACUGAGUUUGGCAAUCUUGCCGUCGGAAUGAACUUUCGUCAUCCCCCAGGAUUAGAUCUUCGCAUUUCAUGUUGAUGCCACUUUAAUGCUCUCUUCUCUCCUGGCAGGCGAUAAUUGUUGCUUACUGAGCUUGUUUUGAGAUUCUCUGAUUUCAAGUUUAUAAAUUUUCAUUCGGGGUGAUUAAGGAUGGAGAGAAGCAGCUCAUCGUGGCAGUUGAUAUCUCACAGUGGGUGUCUCUAUCACUUUAUGCUGUGAUUCUCAAUUUGAGUGGUUAGAGCGGUUUCUGAUGCAUCUAUUAUCAUGAAGAAUAAUCACUUGCUUCUACCUGGGAAUCACUCUAAACUGGGAGAUGAAGUAUCUGAACCUAAUUGCACUACAGUAUCUGACAUUCAUAAUGUAUCAUUUAGCGAAUCCGUAAAAGACUUGCAGCCAGAUGAUGGCUCCCAUAACUUGUCUGAUUUUUUGCUCAAAUUUACAGAACAAUCACCAAGACUUUCUCCUACUCCAUCGUUGAAAUUCAGUUCCUUUUCUCCUGAAGCUCAUUUCCAGCAACCCCAGAACAAUUUUUCUCGUGCUUCCACAUUCUGUACUAGUUUGCAUUUUUCAUCUUCAGCUAGUUUAGAAACUACACUGCGUCUCGGAAGUUUGCCUUUUCUUCCGAAUCCUUCACCUCGCAGACUCCCAAAUUUCAGCAUUAAACCUUCAGACUCACCAUCACUUGUUCAUAGUGUGAAAGGUCCUUCAGAGGAUAGCUUGAAAGUUUUACAAAAUAUACCCGCAGACAGUUUGGAUGGUGCUAAUCGUGGAUAUUGUGGGUUUAAUGACUUACAACUUACUGAGCAAAUGGAAUUACAAUUACUAUCGGAUGAACUUCACAUUGCUAUUGGUUGUGAUGGAGAGAAUCCUCGGAUUGAUGAAAUAUAUGAAGAACCUCAAUCAUUCAGUCAACAAAGCAAUGAAUUAACUCUGAGCCAGAAUGACAUCUCCAGUACAUUACCUCCUGAUAAGUUAUCAGCUCAGCCAUCUGCUGGUUCACACAAGCCACGAAUGAGAUGGACACCUGAGCUUCAUGAAUGCUUUAUGGAGGCUGUAAAGAGACUAGAUGGUCCUGAAAAGGCAACCCCAAAGGCUGUGCUUCAACUAAUGAAAGUUGAAGGUUUGACUAUCUAUCAUGUGAAGAGCCACCUCCAGAAAUACAGACUUGCGAAGUAUAUGCCUGAAAGAAGUGAAGAUAAAAAUUCCAGCACUGGAGAUAAUGAAGCAACUGUUAUCAGUAAAGCAAGGGGGAAAGGGAACACUCAAGUCCUGGAAGCUUUACGAAUGCAAAUAGAAGUUCAGAAAAAACUACAUGAGCAACUGGAGGUACAAAGAGCGCUUCAGUCGAGGAUUGAAGAACAUGCAAGGUAUUUGGAGAAGAUCUUUGAAGAACAACAGAAAACUGGAUGUUGUGCUGGUGCAAGCCAGACCAGUUCGUGUACUGACCCAGUUUGUGCUUCCUCUCCGGCUAGCAUCUCUCCCUCUCUUGCUCUAUUCCCAGCCACUGAGUCUGGUUGUAUGGCAUCUUCAAAGCUUGAAACCGAAGAUGGUGGGGCCAUAAUUGAACAUGAAACGCCUCAAAAAAGACCACGCACCAAAGAAGUUCUACUAGACGACGACUCAGAAAACUAAGAACUGAGUGCACUCAUAAGGGCGGGGAAGUUGGUAAAGCAAUGGACAUUGUGACUGCAAGGUCCUAUUCCCAUAUUGUUUUUUUAAACUGUGAAGUGCUGUAAGCAUUGGUUGAUUUGUUGUAUUAUAAAAGUUUCUUUUCCAUUGUAAAUUACACAUUUUGUGCCCUUGAAUUAGUUCUUAGUGGUUGAUGUACUUUUAUUUAUUCUUUGAAUAUUUCUAAACUUGUUUAAUCAACUGUCAAUUCAUAAGGCAUAGACAUACAGUUAUUUUUACUAGACCGUGGUAAACCGGCCAAUUCGUACUGGAUUAUGAAGCUUUUAUAAGAAAACCUGCAUUAGUUUGAGA